GUUGUCUCAAAGACCCAACCUUAAAAAGUAUGGGUCCUCCGGGAAACACCCAUCGAGGAAUCCUUUUGCGGUUAAAUUGUCGUUAAACGAUUUCUUAAGUCACCCAGGCCCGGCUUUAGAAACGAUGACGUUCGGCAGUGGGAGGCUGACGAAAGGGACAAGGGUUUGUGCUGGUGGUGAUCAAAGAUCUUACAGCAGAGCAGGAUCUUUGGUGGUGAUGUUAGCCUUGGAUGGCGGGGCCAGACUAGGGCGGAGCAGGGAGUUUGUGCGAGUUUUGUGAGUUUCAGAUGAGGAGCCGCCGCUCAGUUCCAGGCGACUUGAAGAGACACAGAGAGACCGCCGCACUCCAACCACCGGCCAUGCAGUCCAGCAGCAGUGGAUCCGAGCUGCUCCUGCCCCUCAGCGAGGCACUCCGUCUCCCCAUAGAGCAGGUAAAUUUUGCCAUGUGCCAGUUUUUUGGAUUGUUUGCAGCCUUGUUAUUUCGGUACUACCUGCACCCAAGCAAAACCAGCCAUGCCAUCAGACAUGCAGUCGUCACCCUGCUGGGUCUUCACUUCGCCUUCUUCUGCUUCGGCAGAUACGCUAUUUAUUUCCUUGGCGAGGUGAUCCUGUUGUAUGGUGUUAUGGUGAUGGUGCACAUCAAGAGCAUUCACAAGUACACUUUCCUGGCAGCAAUGACCUACCUAACCAUCUGUCAGAUUAUCCGAGUCUACGUCCUUGAUAGCGAAGAGUGCUCUGCUGAUUUUUCUGGGCCACUAAUGGUGAUCACACAGAAAGUAACAAAGUUGGCAUUUGAACUUCAUGAUGGUUUGGCCCGAGAUGAUAAAGAACUGAGUCUCUCCCAGAAGCGCUUAGCAGUGAGGCGGAUACCAAGUCUACUUGAGUAUGUCAGCUACAACCUCAACUUCAUGGGCAUCCUUGCAGGCCCUCUGAGCUCUUUCAAUGAUUACAUCUCCUUCAUUGAGGGCAGAAACUUCGAGGCUGGGCAGGUCCCCCUUGCUAAUGGAACGGAGAGAAAAGCCUGCUCCCUGAAUGAACCUUCACCUCUGGUAAGGGUGAAAUGGGAGCAUGCUGUGUGCAGCGUGUGUGUGGUUGUGCAUCUGUCCCUGAACGAACGGUUUCUCGUUGGCUACAACAAUGACGAUGACUUCAUGGCCAGAAGCUCGCAGCCCUUGCGUUUACUCUAUCUCUACACCUCCCUCAUGGCCCACAGACCAAAGUAUUAUUUUGCCUGGACCAUUGCUGAUGCCGUCAAUAAUGCUGCCGGCUUUGGAUUCAAUGGAUACGACCGUCACGGCCAACCUCGCUGGGAUCUGGCUUCCAACCUCAACAUCGACAAGAUCGAAUUUGCAACAAGCAUGAAGAUGUUUAUUGACAAUUGGAACAUGCAGACAGCUGUGUGGCUCAAGGAAGUCUGCUACGACCGGUGUCCUUUCUGCCCAACGUUGCUGACAUUCCUGCUAUCGGCAGUCUGGCAUGGAGUCUAUCCUGGCUACUACUUCACCUUCAUGACUGGCAUGCUUGUUACCCUCGCAGCAAGAGCCGUCCGAAGCAACUUGAGGCCAUAUUUCUUAGUUUCCCCGGCACGCAAAGCGUUUUAUGACCUGGUGACAUGGGCGACUACACAGAUUGUGGUGAGCUACACAGUGGCACCUUUCGUCCUUCUCUAUAUGGAUUCCUCACUCAAAUUUUACAGGUCCUGGCACUUUAAUUUGCAUAUCAUUGCCAUCGCUCUCAUCUUGGUGUUGCCGAAGAAGCCAAAGGGUGCAUCAAAGGAACAACGCAGGCCUCAAGAGGCCAAACCAUUGGAGAUGGCACAUCAUUGCAAUGGACACCGGAACGGAUAUGCACCAAUGAACACCAACCAAAACCAUCGGAUGAAAAUCGACUAAGUGGAGAAGAGGGAUCUCCGUGAACCUCUGAGAGGAGGAAGCGGCUAACGCAACCGCUGUGACCAAUGACUUGCCAGCAGUUUGAAACACUAUUGAAAGCCACUGUUCAGUUUGGCCGCCGAGUGAAGAAUGGUGGCUUUUGUCAGGAAAGGCCAACAGUGAAAUGUGCAAUAAUCAAACCUUUUAAUAGGGACGGUACAACACCCGCAACAGGCAGAAAGUGAACAAGAGAGGCCGGGGGAUAAAUUGUCAACUUCAUAAAAACAUAACCUCAAGUCAACUCACUCAAUACAUCAGUUCAUCUGCAGCGUUUUUUUUAGGACGCCAACAUGAUGUGAAGAGACAUGCUGGUCAUUGGAAUCUUCACGUUACUAUUUUGAAAUCGAUACAUCCCACGUGGGUUUUCCGCAGUUUGGGAAAAACCGGAAGCUGAAGGUGGUAGAAAGCAGAAACUGCAGAUGUCAGUUUACACAAAAAGACACAAAGUGUUGGAGCUAAUCAGCGGGUCAGGCAGCAUCUCUGGAGGACAUGGACAGGUGACGUUUCGGGUCGCUGACCUGAUAUGUCACCUGUCCGUGCUCUCCAGAGAUGCUGCCUGACCCGCUGAGUUACACUUUGUCCUCCUGUGGCUAAAGGCACCUGGAUGCAGCAGGUAAUUAACUAUUUGUGGACCAGGAACAGAUGAAUUACUUCCUGAUCAUGAUCAUUCAUACAAUUCCCCAUCCGAGAUUGGCUGCCCUCCCGUCCCCUCACUCAUCCCCAGUUUGCUCUCCGACAACAUCUGCUUCUCACUAUCCCGGCUGUUGGUCAUCCGGCUGGCUUGGACACACUAGAGGCAGGAAACAUGUUCCCGAUGUUGGGGGAGUCCAGAACCAGGGGCCACAGUUUAAGAAUAAGGAGUAAGCCAUUUAGAACGGAGACGAGGAAACACUUUUUCUCACAGAGAGUGGUGAGUCUGUGGAAUUCUCUGCCUCAGAGGGUGGUGGAGGCCAGUUCUCUGGAUGCUUUCAAGAGACAGCUAGAUAGGGCUCUUAAAAAUAGCAGAGUCAGGGGAUAUGGGGAGAAGGCAGGAAUGGGGUACUGAUUGGGGAUGAUCAGCCAUGAUCACAUUGAAUGGCGGUGCUAGCUCGAAGGGCCAAAUGGCCUACUCCUGCACCUAUUGUCUAUUGUCUAUAAUGGACUAAAGAAGAGGGAAAAUCAGCAAGGCCUCCCCAAAUGACCUGAAACAUCACUUUUUCCUGUUCUCCAGAGAUGCUGUCUGACCCGUUGAGUUACUCCAACCUUUUUGUGUCUAUCUUUGGUUAUUAUCUCUUCAGCCCCAUAACCCCUGACACCCUUAAUACAUAAUGACACACAAAAUGUAACACGGUACCAGAGCUAAGGAUGUCUCACAGAAAUAUCAUGGGAAAUGCGAUGACCCAAUAACGUACAGACAGGGCUUGAGACUUCUUCAGUAAAUGCCUCAAUGUAAGCUUUCAGUCUUCCAACGAAAACAUCUGCUGAAGAAUGUGCUUCGGAGGAGAAAUGAAGAGAAGAGCUUCUUAGGUCAGCAUAAUCUUCACACCUUGUAUACGUAAUAAUCUCAUUUCAGAGUCAGUGAGGCUUGCUGGCAGCUUCCUGCUUCUUGGAAUCUACUACCCCACCAUACAUAGUGAAGAAGUCAAUGAAGGACCUUGUCAAUAUGGGAACGCAAACCUAUUUUGUUCUGGGGCGACUGAUGGCUUAUUUAUAGUUAUAAAGUGAAUAUGAAUGGUUAGACCUAAAGGAAUGAUUUAGCGUUGCUUUGAUAUGUGUGCUCUCUUAAAAUAACCUCUGAAAGUUUUAGAUUACUAUAAUAAUGUGGUUUGCUUUUAUAUAUAAAAAGAUGACUUUUGAUGCUG